AUGGUGAACUGUUUCUUGAUAUACAAAUCCAUCUUAAAUGGAGCAAUGAAGCUCGUGGGGAUGACAACUCAAGCAGUAGAGAUCGAACCGGGGACGGUUUUAAACUUCUGGGUUCCAACUGAAACAACUAACAAGACGAAGAAUAAAACAAACAAGCCGGCUGUGGUGUUUCUUCAUGGAUUUGCGUUCGAUGGUAUUUUAAAUUGGCAAUUCCAGGUGCUAGGCUUGGCAAAAAAAUAUGCAGUCUACGUUCCCGAUUUUCUCUUCUUUGGCGGCUCAUUUACUGACCGACCUGAGCGGACGGUGGAGUUUCAAAGUGAGUGUACGGCUAGGGGACUGAGGAAGCUUGGAGUGGAGAAGUGCACUCUUGUCGGGCUCAGCUAUGGCGGGAUUGUUGGAUUCAAAAUGGCUGAAAUGUAUCCUGAGUUGGUGGAGUCUAUGGUAGUGACUUGCGCAGUGAUGGCGUUGACUGAGUCUCUAAAUAAUGCUGCGCUUCGGAGAGUUGGGUUCUCUAGCUUGCCGGAGAACUUGCUUCCGAAAACGGCGGAGGGUGUGAAGACUCUGCUUGACAAAUGCAGUUACAGGUUCCUAAGAUUUCACAAUUUCUUUUACAGAGAAAUUUUGGAGACAAUGUUUAAUCACAGAAAGGAGAGGACUGAACUUCUACAGGCUUUGGUCAUAAGUGAUGAGCGAUUUACUAUCCCUCAUUACCCACAGUCAGUGACAAGUGGCAUCAGAGUGGACCCAGUUCGUCCGUCGAUGUCCCACCAAGCAUUCACGCAGAGACGUCCAUGUGUGAUUGUGGGUCCACACGAGAGUGAGGUGGACAGGGCAUGCCCUGAGAAGAUGUAUCUCUUGUGGGGUGAAAAUGAUUUGAUCUUCGAUAUAGAAACAGCCCGGAGCCUGAAAGAACAGUUGGGAGAGAAAGCAACAUUGAAGGCAAUUAAGAAGGCAGGUCACAUUGUUAACCUGGAGAGACAAUGCGUCUACAACAGGAACCUCAAGAGAAUUCUUGGCUCUUUCACACAAGAAAAUGCUCAACACAGCUAG